CCUUGGAGCUGCUCUGAGAAACCGUAUAAAAGCGGUUGGAGCACAGAGCUCCUCAAACCAUUCUGCUUGGCUUCUUCUUGGUGGUGAACUGAGCUUACUUCCAGCCGGAAAGAUGUCUUCCUACAGGCAGAUCUGCAACUACAGCAGCUACUCGCCCUGCGAUGUGACCUGCCCACCGCCAUGCGCUACCGCCUGGAACCAACCCUGCGUCACCUCCUGCGGGGACUCCCGUGCUGUGGUCUACCCACCGCCCGUGUCCAUCAUCUUCCCAGGCCCCAUCCUCAGCUCCUGCCCUCAGGAGAGCAUCGUGGGCACCUCAGCCCCACUGGAGAUAGGCAGCUCCUUUGGUUAUGGGAGGUCCCUGGAUGCCCAGAGCUCCUUCGGGUCCAGCGCUUCCCUGGGAGGCAGGUUCUCCUACCCCUGCUAUUCCCGCAGGUACACGACUUAUCGUCGUGGGAGCUGUGGGCCCUGCUAAGCCCCGUAAGGAUUCCCUGGGGAGCUGGACCCAGCAGGGACCAGAGCAAAAUCCCAGUCCAUGAGUGAGCAGAGGACAUGGCUUUCAGAAGAGCAGCAUAUCAGGCUGAGCAGGGCCCUCGGGAGCUGGGCACACUCAGCUGCCCUGAGAAAGAAUCCCAGACACGCUAUUUCCCUUCCUGUUGGAGUAGGUAUCUCCUAACAAGCUCCCAACUCUGCAUUUGAGGCGUUGUUUACUUGAGAAAUAUAGAAAAGGUCUUAGUUUAAAUUCGAGUGGUUUAUAGAUCCCUCAUAUUCUGGCCUCUGGUGUGGAUUGAUGCUUCAUGGCUUUUGAGGUACCGUGGGAAAACUUGUCCCAUUUGAUUCUGGGAGGUACCCUGACUCACAUAGCCUGGAACUUAAAAACACCCAAACCAAAGACACAGAUGAAAACCAAACUUAGCUCUCAAAUGCUACAAAUCCAACAAAGACAGAAGACCAGCUGAGAAACUGCAGCCCCUGAAGAAGACAGCCACGUCCAUCCCCAACAAACCCUGUGCGUGUAUGCUGUACUCUCUGGAUUGUCAUGUUCUGCUGCUAUAAAGUCCUUGCCCUGUUUCAAUUAAAGUUUCUUUAGCAUCACAA